GUUAAGUAAGUAUAUUGUGGGGCACGCGUAUAAAUACGAAAAUUUUCACCACAAAUCUAUCAUCAACGAUUCAUCUUCACCCAAAUUGAUAGAACUUCAUAAUCAUGAAGGUGAUCCUUUUGGUAUCCUUGGCCUUUGCCGCAGUCUCUUCAGAGGGAAUUAAGCCUCUGAAACCUGUCAAGCCACAAACUCGAGCUUCUGCUUUCACCUACAACGCCGGAGUGACUGCAGCCUAUCCCCCACAAACCGGACUCAUCUACAACGCCGGUACCUUCGUCAAGUAUGUGGCCGGUACUACGGUUUACUAUCCAUACAACACCCUCGUCAACUUUCUUGAAGACUCACAAUUCUACGUGAAGGAAGGCCCCGUCUCUGUCGUUGCCGGGACCAACAUCACCUUCGGACAAGGAACUCAAGUUGCUUUCCCUCCAGGUACUGGUGUCAAGUACGUCAACAACUAUUCGGAGGCCAAGUAUCUUCAGUUCAAUGGAAAUACACACACCAUCGUCCAAUACCCGAACCAGACCCCGGCCCAAUAUUACUGCAGCAACUGCGACUUGAGGCUUUUCCAGGCUUCGACCAACCCCCUCGUCUACUACAAUCCGGGUGGGUCCACCCCAUUCGGAGCUUCUGCAAUGCCCGUGGAGACUGACGUCAGGCCCGUUGCGACUGCCAGGACUUACGGAUAUUAUGGAGGUGGAUGUGGGUACUCCUACUGCUCUGGAUACUCGUACGGAGGUUAUCCCCAGACCACGUACUACAACUACAACACUGGGUACUCGAGCACGUGCUACCAGACCGGGUACAACAGCUACUCCUACGGUGGGGGUGGUGGGGGUGGAUACUCCAUGGCGGGAGGUUCAUGCUACGGUGGAGGAGCCUAUUAUGGAUCUUACGGGGGUGGGGGCGGUGGUGGUGGUGGAUACUAUGGAAAGUAAUUCCACUCAUCAUUUCAUUAUCGGCUUGUUGAUUUAUUCCGAGCUUGUGAAAAUAUUAAAAAUUUGAAAUGACGAAAAGUUUUUUGAAUUCUA